UGGUUAUUGGAGGACUUCCAGAACGGACAACCUGUCCGGUACUCAGGUUCCCUUGAAGCUGGACAAGGGGAAACAAGGUCAGCAUGGACUGUAUCGGCCUAUGCUCAUCUAGCCUAUGAAGCUAGUGGCCGCAGUAUGGUUCUUUCCGACCUUGAGGGUUGGUUCACCUCGGUCAACAUUCUCCUCUUUGAUCCUAUGUUGCACUCUCUACAAGGGGAACUCGGCAUUGGUGAUGCUGGAGAGACCGGAAUCAAUGCUUUCAUUGAUGGUCAUCUCUGUAACCGGUUCUGCCAUGACAUC